GCGGCGGGAGGGAGCAGGCGCCGCGCAAGAUGCGCCCCUGGACGGCCGGGCCCCUGAAGGCUGUGCUCUUGGUCUUUGCCUCCCUGUGUGCCUGGUACUGCGGGUACUUGGUGGCCGAGCUGGUUCCGGACACGCCCCUCUCCAGCGCUGCCUACAACCUCCGCGGCUUCGGGGAGAAGCCCGUCCUCAGAGCCCCAGCCCCCAAGAGGCAAAAAUGCGACCACUGGACCCCGUGCGCCCCGAACACCUACGCCUACCGGCUGCUCAGCGGGGGCGGCAGGGACAACUACGCCAAGAUCUGCUUCGAGGACCAGCUGCUCAUAGGAGAAAAGACCAAAAACGUCGCUAGAGGAAUAAAUAUCGCCAUUGUCAACUACGUGACGGGGAAAGUGACAGCCACGCAGUAUUUCGAUAUGUACGAAGGGGAUAACUCUGGACCAAUGACAAAGUUCAUCCAGGGCGUGCCCCCCAAGUCCCUCAUCUUCAUGGUGACCCACGACGACGGCAGCACCAGACUGACGGAGAACGCCAAGAAGGCCAUCGAGGCCCUGGGGAGUAAGGAGAUCAGGAACAUGAAGUUCAGAUCCAGCUGGGUCUUCCUCGCAGCGAAAGGCUUUGAGCUUCCCGCCGGCGUGGAGCGAGAGAAGAUCAACCACUUCGAUCCUUCGAAGAACAGAUACUCUGGCUGGCCGGCAGAGAUCCAGAUAGAAGGCUGCAUACCCAAAGGGCCCAGCUAGCGUUGCGCCCCCUUAAUAAAUAUCUUUUGUAGAUAA